UUAACGGUCUCCUCCCCCUUCCCGGCAAUUUUCAACAGAUUUCCCAAAAAUUUCUUCCUCCGUCCAACCUACCAACUUCGACUUAAUUGUGAUCGGUUCCGGCCUCGAAGAAACCAUACUCGCCGGCAAAACCGUCCUCAUCGUCGACCAUAACCCUUUCUUCGGUGGCCACUUCGCCUCUCUCCCUCUGCAAGACUUCACUGAUUUUCUCCACACCCACUCAAAUCAUGCCCGCAACCCGAACUCAAACCCGGAUCCUCCUCCGGCGAAUUCAACGUCCUUCCUCUGAACACUCGCCCCAUGUACUCCUUCUGUCGAAAUUAGCGUAUAUUCCCCAGAAAUUAUUGACAAUUAUGGACUAUUCAGCGUUGAUUUAGCGGGGCCUAGGGUUUUAUUCUGUGCUGAUCCUAUGAUGGAAUUGAUUUUGAAAACUGAUAGGAUUUUAAAUGUGGAUAUAGACGAGUUCAUUAGGUUCAAUUGCCUGGAAUGGAUGCGAGCUUCAUAUGUAGGACUGAUGAAGAUGGCGGUAAAAAUUUGAGGAAUGUUGUGCCUUAUUCGCGGAGCGCCAUAUUUAUAGAUAAGAGCUUGACUUUUGCAGAGAAGAAUCAGCUGAUGAGGUUCUACAAGCUGGUUCAGGGGCAUUUUGGACAUGGGAAUGACGAAGAAGAUAGGAAAAUUCCAGAGGAGGACUUAGAGAGUCCGUUUUCGGAGCUAAAAUCAUACAAACUGAUACCCAUUUAGCCCUUGCUCUUUUCUUUGUAGAUUAUGUUCAAGAAUAACAAAAUAAUUAGGUUUCUCAAAGCUAAAACUUCUACUCUGUAGCUCAUGUUUUGCUCAGUUAGUUCAGAAUUUCAUAUCUUUAUAAUCACUGUUGUUGAGUUAUUUUUUUGAUUUUACCUGCAUUCAGCAUUUUUUACUUCAGUUUCUUUCACCUGUUUAGGAUUAUUCUGUAUGCAAUUGCCAUGGCAGAUUAUGACCAAGACAAUGUGGAAGACUGUAAAUACAUUCUUAAAACAAAAGAUGGAAUAGAUCGCUUAAUGCUUUGUCAUUCAUCAGUUGCCAGGAUAUUUUUUACCUCGUUUCUUGCAUGUUUUUACUGUUGUACAUACAUGAUGCAUGUCCAUAUUAGAACAGAUCCAUUCCCCUGUUUAAUAUACAUUUGAUAAAUUGAUUCCUCAGUAAAAUGCAGUUCUUUUCAUAUCCAAUUGAGAUACACGCAAGCAGAAUUUGUUUGAGAUUAAUUUGUCUAUCAAUUUGGCACUGUUAUCUGUUGGUAAUUGGCUUCUGUCUUGAAGCAAAAUUGUCAUUUAUUGUUCUUGUCUUGUCAAUAGAAACGAAAGCCCUAUGUUUUAGUACUUUUAUUUUAUAUUUUCCUUUUCCAAUUUUGAAAGUUGAUACUUAAGGUAUGUCAUAGUACUAUCAACGUUUGUAAAGGUUUCCUAAUGCACCUGGUGGCAUGAUAUAUCCACCUUGCUGGCAAGGCGUAAUUCCACUUCUAGCAUUUUUCUGUCGUGCUCAUGCUGCUGACAAGGAUUGUCUUGGUGGUCAAGGGAUGUCUGUGGUUGGUCUACUUACAGACAAGGAUUAGCUCCUAUAAUCCUGAUUCUAGGCCGCAGGAUGCCAAAGACAAGGUACUUGGGGGAGUAUGCAUCACAGCAAGUUCCUUAAAACCAGAUAUAGCAAAUUGUUUGCUGCUAUAUCCCCCUCAAGCUUUGUUCCCGGAGCGGCUGACAUCAAUCCGAGUCCUCCAUUUGAGCAGUUAUACGAAUGUUUGUCCUUCUGGCAUGUUUGUCGUUUAUGUAUCAACAAUUUGUGAAGAUGCAGCUCAAGGGAAAGAAUUACUAACUACAGCCAUAAAUGAUUUGUUUUCUGUUCCUGUUUCUGGAAACUCUGAGGAAGAUUCUGAGGAUCAUCAGAGUGCAAUACAGUAGUGAAAGUAAAACCCACUUUGCUUUGGAGUUCUGUGUAUAUACAAGAGCAAACUGUGGCUUGUGUCUUACUGCUUUCCUUCUUUUACCUUUUAAAUCAUCGCAUCUUUACUUUGGCAACUAAUUACUCUAUUCAUUUGUUUCUCACAUUUUUCCCCUUUGUUUCCAUGUCUUUUUUUUUUUUUCCUGGUCUGAUAUAUGCACUGAAUUCUCCAGCUGAUCGCCCUUAUUUCUGUUUGGUUUUUAGGGUGUAUUUGAUGGUGUUAUUUCAGCCUUUAUGCCUGACGGGAAUUUGCAACACGACAAUCUUGUAGAUGCAUCAGAAAAGCUAUUUCAGAGCAUGUAUCCUGAUGAAGAAUUCUUUCAAAGGAAACCUCAUCGAAUGAGGUCAUAGAAGAUGGUGCAUCCGAGCGAAAGUGUUGGGAUUUUUGCUCGAGUGAGGAUUCGGAGAAAACAUCAAACAUAAAACAUAAAACACUGGGGAUCUAACCAAUUCUAUAAUACAUCAAAAGCUAAAUGUUGGGUAAGUUGAGGAAAUCAGCUGAAUUUUUUCGCUUUUGCUGCAGCGCGGUUGAACAUUAGUUUCUCUGAACAGCGUGCUUCGAACCGGUACAACAUAACUGCUUCACUACAAAUGAACAAAUGAAAGCAGCAACAAAGCUCGAAUUGAAUCAAGUUCCAGUUAUUCACUUUUGACAAGUGUUUCAUAGGGUCCCUUACUCCUAACUGGAAUGCUUAUUUUUAAGAAUCGCCAUAGAAAAAUCUCCACUAAAAGGAAACUAGUUACUAGAUGCAAAAGAUUGCCGAUGGUAUGAGAGUGAAAUACUCCGUGGCCAAAGUGUGGAUACACUAUUCUCCUCGGAAAAUUUUCUUAGAUGUAAAAGAAUGAAGUAUAUUUUUGGGAUGAAAUGAUUAGGAGCAAAAAGAAGAUAAAAGCAAAGAAGAUAAUUUUGUGUGAACGAAAAAAAUAAAAAGAAACUCAAUGAUAUAAUUAUAUUGGAGAAGGAACAAAACAAAAUAGUAUCCAGAUUUAUGUUUUUAUGGAAGGAUGGAUAAAGGAAAUAUAUGAUAUGCGGUAUGCCGUAU